AAAUCACGAAAACUCUAUCAGUGUAAUAGAGAGAGAACACAGUAAGAAGAAGAAGAAAGAAGAAAAACGAGAACCAGAAGGUAAAGAAAUGAGCGACGGAGGUCCAAAAAGACAAGGCGGCAGACCAUUGCCUCCGCCACCAAGAGGUCCCCCUCCUCCCUCCUCCCGCCCUCGUCUCGAACCAGUCGAUCGCGAAAAGACUUGCCCCUUGCUUCUCCGUGUAUUCACUAAGAUAGGAAAUCAUCAUACAAUGGAUGAUUUUUCCGUUAGAGGAAAAGAGCCUAAAGAUGAAGUUCAGAUUUAUACCUGGAAAGAUGCUACUCUCAGAGAAUUAACCGAUCUUGUCAAAGAAGUGGCUCCCGCUGCAAGAAGAAGAAAUGCAAAGCUCUCUUUUGCUUUUGUGUUUCCUGAUAAAAAUGGCCGUUUCAAAGUUCAAGAGGUGGGCAAGACUUUAUCUUAUGGAAAUGGAAGAUUAGAUGACGGCAAGGCAUUAGCUGAUCUUGGUUUUGAGAUUGGUGAUUACUUGGAUGUGGCUAUUAUAUAGGUUAUGCUUAUGUAAAAUUGUUGUAUUUUGAGCUGUUUGUGUGAUUACUGAUUAUGGUCUUCAAACAGUUGGUCUAUUUUGGAGUUAAAGACGUUGUAGAAUGUUUAGUUGUUAAUUGUCGCAGGAACUUAAAAUAGUCCAGUUUCUUUAAUUGCAAAAAUUAUAGAUUGGCAAUUGGUCAGCAUCAAGACCAAUCUAUGACUACUAUUUGAGAUAGCAGAAAAGAAAUGAGAAGAUAAUGGUUUGCA